CCAAACAUUUUUAUUGCUUCUAGGUUGAACAAUAGGGUACUUUCUCUUAUGUAAUAUCAAAAAACUAAUGAUUUAGAUGUAUUAUAUUAAAAUGAAAGGCCUGACAGCAUCUCAAUGCAACAAAAGUCAGAAUCACAUUCUUUAUUGAGAUUCCAAUCUUUUCUUUUUUUUUCUGUAUUUUGCAUGACCAUUUGUUUUUAGCAGCAUAGAGGAUUCCCGUGUUGCUCUAAUUUCUGGAGAUGUUACUUCAGUUUUUGCAUGAGUGCUGGAGGGGUUAGGUUGCUCUGCCGUUCUCUUAUAUCCGAAAGUGUUCUGUUGGUCUCAAAUCAAGCGACAUAUUUGGCCUAGUCAUAGUUUUCUUUUCUGUCUUUUGUCAUCUUUAGAAAUUAUCUUUGAUUUUGGCAGUGUGCUACAGAUCUUUAUUGUGCUGGAAUAUUCUUCUUCUUCCAAACUUAAUGUCAGCAUUCAUCUCCCUAACCGCCUUUGCACUCCUCCAGCCCCAUAUCAUCACUCUCCCUCCUCUCUGUUUCACUGUCAGGACUAUGCAUUCACUGUGGUGGUCCUGGUCAGGUGUAGCGAUCAACAUGCUUUUCUGUCUGAGCUGAACAAAUUUGUAGAUGAAGGAUAACAUUAUGCACUGCCCUUCCCAGUGUCUGAGCUCUCAUGGUAACUGAGACUUCCACUUUAACCAUUGUGCCUAUCCUGAAGCACUUUCCCACCUGUAUAUCAGACUUAGAUUGUGUAAAAUGUAGAGAUGUAUUCACUGUUUUUGCACUCCGUUGCUACUUUGGGGCCUUCAUCUUCGACAUAGACCUUCUAAAGUAUUUGCUUCAUGAGAUAAAAUGCUCUACCUCUCAACUUGGAAGCAAACUAAUUAUUGAGAGAUGAUAGUUUUGAAUCAUUUGACAUUUAAAGGAUAUUGCCCAUGGCUGCAUACACUUCUGUUGAUGUAGUUAUCCUAUUCUUUAAAUAACACAUUUGUGGUAUUUGUAGAUCAGUUCCCUGGUAACAAGCCUUUUUUUAAAAGGUAUGGUUAAAAAAACAACACAAAAAGGAGACACUUAUCGGUAGUCUUAAUACUAAUAUUGAUUUAAACAAAAGUGCAUCUUGAUAUAUAUUUAAGUCCAAUAUUCACUGUUCUUUCAGCUCAAGUUUGGAAUCCACCAAAAUAUGAAGGCAACACUCUACUUCUACUGUACAAUGCUCAGAGAAUUUCUGUUGUUGUUGAAAAACAGUCUAUUGCUAUUAAUUCAUCUACAAUUGCCCACUUUCAUAUUACAUAGUCAUUUGAUUCCGUUUUUUGAUAUUCCCUGUAUCCUUGACCUGAUAAGUCAGGUUUGUUUUUUGGGUGUUUUGCACUGGAGAGAUUUGUUCCCUGAGAUGAGCCUCUCAUGCAGCACUUUGUGUCAAGUAGUUUACAAAUGCUGGCUGUGUACUUCUGUGAGACCCAAUACUAACAAUGCAUAACCGAAAACUUCUAAUUGGAAGUGCUUUUUGGGUCACCUGGCGCCCUACGACUUUGGCAAACAAACACUUGUCUCACUUAGCAGAUAGUUAUUAUUCAGUGUUUUGAUUGUAUCAAAUUUUACACAGAGUAGCAAUAAUUAAGAUAUGGUGAGACCAGAUCAACUUUAUCCAAAGGUUGGCAGGGGUUGUGAUAGAGAUGCAGUGUGUUCAUGUGAAAGAGAGAUGGAGAGAGAGUACAAAUCCCAUUCAACUCUGCCUCUUUAAUCAGUAAUGCAGAGGUAAGAAUCAAGGAAAAAUUAUAUGAUUGAUCAUCUACAGGAACCAGGUUCACACACACAGUACAGUUAACUUGUUUCCUGUGAUGCUGACCAGUGCAAGUUCCCACACUCAGAAAACCUGUUUUACUUUGUUGUCAUAAUAUCUUGCCAUUAGGGGUGAAUGACUCAUGCUUUACAUACAAUUGCAGCAUUAUUACAGACAUGGAGCAACUUCUGGUACAAUAGAGAUGGAACUUUGAUAACAGGAUUUUUCGUAGUCAUCAUGUGGUAAAUGUGCUUUUGAUUUUUUGGUUCUUUUAUUAUAGCGAUGCACCACCAUCCAAUUGAAAUUAUUUGUUGCUGGUGACACUACUAUUGUCAUCAGUGUGCCCGUUUCAGUGAUUUUAAAUCUUUAGUUAAAGGAUUAACUGGAUUAAACUGUCUUCUUUUAGUUGAAAAGAAAAGACUCGCAGGCCGUGGAGUGUUUUCACACCAUCCUUGGAUGAACUCAAAAAUACACUAUGGGGAGUAUCUGAAAAUUAACAUAAGCCUCAGGUGUGUGCUCAUAAGUCAUUAAAUAUCUGACACUUUACCUCAAGUAUACCCUCUGAGGCAUCUCUGAUCACCACUUUAACAACACAGUUGCUAGAUUUAUACAGUGAAAAGAAGAAAAAAACUGACAGUGAUUCUGCAACCAGCCUCCAAAGUUUCAACUGACAAAAAGUGAACUCUUGUCCCCACCAAACUCUUCUCAUCCUCCAAACUUGCCUCCCCUCUCCUUCUAUGACGCUGUACUUCAAACAGCUUUGCACAGCGUGUUAUGCUGCAUAGCAGAGAGUGACUGCGUCCCUUCCAGUGUUGAAAGGGCUCCUGGGUUUUAGUGAGCUUGUCAGUAGAAAUCUGUCAAAAGUACUCAGUGGAGUUACUGGGGCCUAAUACUCACAGACCAUGAGGGCUUACCCCAGGAACCCAGACACUUCACAUAGAAAUUAACUUUGCGGAUCAGAAACCCAACGCCCUGGUUGACACCCUAACCACAGUCCCCAUUGUUUGGCCUUAGCAGUGUACACAAUGCACUUGUAUUUACUCUGCUCUAUUUUUCUCUCCAGAAAAGAGCCUGAGGGUAGGGUUUAUGAGUACACUGUGCUCACAGUGCUGUCUCUCCCUCCUCAUUUACUUAAUCACGUCACCGUUCAAUUCUUUUUAUAAGCAAAUCUGCUCCUUUCCUAUUGGCCCUGUUCAGAUCUUUUCUCUAAAGAAGGGGAGGAGACUGAAACUGACUCGACCAGACUUCCUUAAAACUUUUCCUGCUUGUGAGUGUAACUGUCCUGAUAAACAGUUGGUGGUAUAACUGUUUUACAAUCUGUAGCCCACAGCUGAUGAGUAUCAGGUGAAUGGCAGGAGAUCUGAAGGUGACCUGAUGAUGGGGAAAGAAUGUCUGGAACUGCAUUCCUGGUCUGAAUGGAAAUCCUUAGCAGAUGGAAAACUAACAAUAUUAAGUGUUGGAAACAUCUGUAGAUUCUAUAAUAGGUGAAUCCUGAGGAGAGCACUGCUCCACAAUGAGGGACCGAUUGGAGGAGCUGCAGAACUGGGCUGAAGAGUUCUCCGAGGCUGGAACUGAGAAUGCGAAUCCUUUCUCAGUGGAGAGUGAUGAUGAAGAUGUUGGGGUCAUCACGCCUCAGGCUGUGAUGUUCGAGGAGGAACCAAUCAUAGAAAAUUUCCUGAGUGAGGCUCAGCAAAUCCGAGAUGACAUCACAGCGCUGGAGACAGAGGUCCUAAAGUUCACUCAGCAGCAAAAGACCCUGGUGGCAACCAUGCGUCGGUUCAGUGUCAUGAAGAAAGAGAGCAGCAUUACACGAAGCAUCAAGCUCCAGGCCGAAAGCCUCCACCGCCGUUUAGAUGCACUUUCAAAACAGGCCCAAAGUACUGAGGAUCAGCAGGGACCAAAUGCCGCUACAACGAGAAUACAGCGCUCCCAGCAUGCAGCACUGUACCGCAAAUUCCAGCAGGUAAUGUGCCAGUAUAAUGAAGGUCUGCUGAACAAGCAGGAGCGAUGCAAGCACUUCAUUAUCCGGCAGCUUGAGGUAUUGGGGAGGGAUGUGACAGAGGAGGAGGUGAAUGAGAUGGUCGCCACCGGAAACUGGGAGGUCUUCAAUGAGAACCUGCUAAAUGAUGCCAGAAUCACACGGUCGCAGCUAUCUGAGAUUGAACAGCGACACAAGGAGCUGUUGAGUCUGGAGAACAACAUGAAGGAGCUGAGGGACCUCUUCAUGGACAUUUUCAUGCUGGUGGAGGAACAAGGCGUCUACAUUGAACACAUCCAGACCAAUGUAGAGAGGACACAGGAUUACGUGGCUGCAACUAAUGAGAAGUUCAAGAUGGCCGUCAGGUAUAAGAAGAAGAACCCAAUCAGACAACUGUGCUGCUGCUGCUGCCCUCCGUGGAGAUGCUGCUUAUAAAACGCAAGAAUUUCAACCUCAGCAUUUCUGGCAACCGUUUCAAAAGUCUUAGUUACCUGUUGGAAGUAAGCAACACUGGAUUCAAGUACCAUUUAAGUGAAGGUAAUGGUACAGCAAUUUUCGCUGUUGGACAGAGCGAUGGUGAAGACAGAUUCAGCAGAGCAUAGAAAACAAUUAGGGGAAGAGCCAGAAUUGGUAUGGGAGGCACUUGUUUCUUUCCAGACGAUGUGAAGCGACUGCUAUUGGAAGAGACAGUUCAGUGAUCGCUACUCACCAACACCGUUGCUUAUUGGAGACCUUCACUGUCAUCUGACAGAGGUCACAAACAAGGGGAGGCCAUUGACACUGCUAGAUCAGCAAAACUGAUAUUUCACCAUUUUUCCAAAAGAACCUCUCAUCUUUUCCUCUUUUUUUUCCUGUCACAGGAGCUGUAGAUAAUGAGGGCAUAUUUUUUAUACCAUAUAUGCACUUUAAGACUUCUUUUCUUUUCAGCACAAACUUAACAUAGUGGAGAAAUUUAUAUUUCAAAGAUAUUGAGCCAUUACAUAUUCAUUUCAUUUUUAGUCCACAUGCGGAUGAAAAAGAAGAACUUGUUUUACAAUUAGUCAUUAGUAGCAUUUGCAUUUCAAAGUCUAAUCAUUUUCAAUGAAAAAAAUAGUGUUAUUAAUUUUUGCGCUUUCACAAAGGCCGGGAUUCAAGCAAAAGUUUGAAUAACGAGACUUGAUCAAAAUAUUUCUGUCAUGAUGAGAAAAUCGCAGGAAAUCAUUGAAGUCAUUUGCUUAAAAUGCGACGGAAGAUUAUUUUUCAGGAUAUAUUAAAAUUCUCCAUGUGCUUUGCAUUUCGGAGCGCAAUAACAAUUCACAAUUCUGUUGGAGCGGUUUCAUUGUUCACAUGAAAUAUUCUGGCAUUCACGUGUGUCAUUAUUAUUUAUAUAAUUAUGGUGCACAAAAAGGGAGCAGAGACUUCAGAGGAAAUGCCAGAGCAGUGGACUAAAAUCCCAAGAAUGUGGUGUUUUUCUGACAAAUAGAACCAGCGGACUCACAGCUGCUGACAGAUAAUCAUCCUCUGUUUCCACAUAUCCUUAAGUUGACUUGACAAUAUUAACUCAUUAUGCCUGCCAGGGUCAUGGCAAAGGGAAUAGUAAGUGAUUCAGUCAGUAAUUCAUUCACUGUUGAUUUCGCUCGCUGGCAGAAUGGCUUACACUAGGCUCUAAUCAGCAGUGACAGUGAUGUUCCGCAGUGAGUCAGUGACCCAUGGUGUCUGGUGUCCGGGACAAAAUACGGGUGAACUGGGAGUGUUGGAGCCAUUCUGGAAAAUCUGGUUUGUCUACUAUUCCAGCAUAGAUGCAGGACCAUCACUCUAUGUUCCUGUGGGGAACAGUAUGUCAAUAGAGCUUUCAGCAGACUGUAAGAGGAUCUUCCUUAGUUAAAUAGUCUUCUGUUCAAACAACCUAAUCCUAAGUUCAUAAAAGCAUAUGAACACAUCCACAAUAGCUUCAUGUGAAGAGAAAAAGUCUGACGCAUCAUAUAAAAUGCCAGAAAACGCUGUUUGUUAGUCAAUUUAGAUGCAAAUCUUUUUACAUGUCAUGUGAUCCCCGAAGAAACACUAACCGUCAAUGCAGCACUUUAAUUACCCCCGCUAUCAUUGCAUUGCUUCCUGUCGUUUAAUGGAGGAACAAAGUGCAAAUGAAAUGUUGGAUGACUUCUGCUCUCUGACUAGAAGAGUGUUUUUGUGAAUCAGAUCUUCUGUGUUGUACAUCAGUCUCUUUAAAAUUAGAAUGACAUAUUAAAACCUAGACAUAAACACAUCAAAUAUUUAAAUUUGAAUAUGAAAAUCGAAUAACUAGUCAGAGUAAUGCGUUGAUGAUCCCUCUUCCCUGACAGUGUGGAAAAACGAGGCACUGCUGCAAAUUGGAAGGUUCCUGAACAGCAACAAUGCCAUCCAGUGUUCAGUGAGAUAAUUACCAGUUAAAAGUGGGUUAUCACUUAAUGUUUAAGGGCAUACAGUCACUCAGCUAUGUGAUUAUGCACAGCAGGAAUUUCACUGCCAAACGUUCUCAGAAUAAAAAAAAAACAUACAUGUUG